CUAAGUGCUCACUCACAGUCAGAGGCAGAGUGGAAACCUCUUGUCAAGUUUCUUUCUGACCCUCAGAGCAUCAGCGUUUUAACAGAUUCUCUUAUUCAUUGUUUCCCUUCUACACUGGGCUCUCUGUUUUCAGAUAACUGUGUCGAUGGCAUUCACUCCUCUGAAUAUCUGAUUUUCAGGAACAAAAACUUGGCCUCAUCACUACUACUCUCUGUUCUGCAGUCGGGCUGGCGUGACGCAUGGACACUGCCAGGGCGCACACUUCUCAUUGAGAAACUUUGUCUUUUGCGCCACGAAGUUCAGGUUUUCCAACCGACUCUACCUUUUUUGGUAUUUCAGUAUUUUUUUUUUUUCAAGGAUGCUCGUCUCUACAUGGAAUAGAUGCUGUGUUAUGAUGUUUCUCGUCGCUGCACUACGGACGGGGACAUCCCAGGUAUCAGAGGCGCGCCCAAAGGCGAACUCCAUCAAGCCAGCUCUGUUGGAAGAGACACCUACACCCGCUACAAACCGGUCUGCCACCGUCCACAGCGGGAUCACGAAGAAACAUAACAUCCUUUCGCAGCAGGUGUAUCCAUGCAGCAACGAUAAGGAGUGCUCUGUGGGCAGCUACUGCCACAGCCCUCAACAGGCACCCUCUCGCUGCCUCACCUGCCGCAGGAGGAAGAAGCGCUGCCAUCGAGAUGCCAUGUGCUGUUCAGGGAACCGCUGCAGCAACUAUAUUUGUGUCCCCAUCUCUGAGAGUGUGCUCUCACCUCACAUCUCAGUAUUAUCUGAGCACAACAAACUCUCCACUAAAGACCACAACUGGAGAAAGAGUGGCAAAGCACAUGCUAAGCAUUCUCUUAAAGGACACGAGGGUGACGCUUGCCUGCGCUCAUCCGACUGCUCGGAGGGCCACUGCUGUGCCCGCCAUUUCUGGACCAAAAUCUGCAAGCCGGUGCUGAGGCAGGGAGAGGUGUGCACCAAGCAGAGGAAGAAAGGCUCUCACGGCCUGGAGAUCUUCCAGCGCUGUGACUGUGCCAAGGGCCUCUCCUGCAAGGUGUGGAAAGACGCCACCUCCUCGUCCAAGUCCAGGCUCCACAUGUGCCAGAAGAUCUGAAGCGGAGGCAGCUGCUGUCGGCAUAGAGGCCUCUGUCUCCAUCUGCCAGUGAAAGUUUUUUAAAGGAUGGGUUGUGGCUGUAAUGAAAAGGAGUAAAAGACAGAGACUAACAAGAGACAGAGCAGACUGUGUGGGUUCAAGCUCGCUAUUCAGCAAGCGCAGAGCGAAUGGGAAUGCUUUAAUGUGUUUGCUGUGAGUGGUCCAUCCCUGCACCCACAUACAAACACGCACCAUCACACACGCACACAUACACCUCGCAGCUUUGCGAGAUCAUAGAGCUCAUGGUGUGUUUGCUCACAAAUACAGCAAACUCUUUACACAUUUUCAAUGGCAUUCAGGGAGCCACACAGUUAGCCAGUAGAUGCUGUGAUAGGCGUGGACCUUUUCAAGAUGGAGGCAGCAGACGUAGCAGUCUUUCAUCGUGCUUCAGUUUAUAACAAUAAGACAGGUAGACUAUUUACAUAGAAGCCAUAUUUUUACUGCAGUACCUUCUUUAACAAAGUCCAAAGUCCAUUUGUUUAAUAAAACAGAUGUGUAAUAUGUUGUUUCACUACUGGAUGUGAAUUUUGUCUUGAUGUGUUGUCUCUUUUGUCAGUUUUCAGUAUCACAUUGUUUAAGUCGUGAAGAAUUCAGCUAUUGCUAUACAAGACAUUCACAAGCAGUGAAAAUGUCCAGACCCCAUAAAUACUGGUCACAUCAUGUGAGGAUCUAAUUGCAUACACUGUUCAAACCAGUGCUCGACUUGUGUGAAGAAUGAAAGAACAUUUACAUUAGAGUGAUGAGUUUCAUCUGGGGAAUCAGCUCCUUGCCCCGAUUUUUAGCCACAAGAAGGGAGAUGAAGUAUUGUGUCCGUUGUGGAAGUCUUGUUUGAUCUGUCAGAUGCAGCUGCAAUCUAUUGUGAUACAACUGUGUGGGUUAAAACAGUUUGCUCUGAGGUAGCGCUCUGCUGCAGACUUAGCGGUUCCGAUACUAGACCCAGAAUGGUUCUGCUUUUCCAAUCACAUGAACAGGAUUCAAGGAUACGAUGGAAGUGCAAUUUUUUCCAUUUACAAAGCCAGUAGGAAUGGAGACGUGAGAAGAUUGAUUAGAGUUACAAAAACGCUCCAUAAACCUGAUGUUUUCAAAGAGAAUUGCAGUUUGAAUCAACAUUUUGUUGAUGGCACACGGCCUUGUAUAUUUUUCUGUUUUUUUCAAAUAUGACUGCAUACUUUGUUCUCAUGAAAUACCGUUCAGUCUUCUGUUGUACUGGAGGUGAAGCAACGCUUUUAUCGGUACCACUCCUUUAAACAACCACUUGUUAUCCACAUAGUCAAUAUAAUAUCACAUUUGCCUCCUUUUGCUUUAAUGUUUUUAGAGCAUAAAGUACACACAUUUUGUAACCAUAUAAAAAUAUCAAUAAGCUCUUAUAUUGUAAAUAGAUUGGAGACAAUGAAAAUGUAUUUAAGAAUCAAUGUAUAUCAUGUACAUAUAAUAAAAAUACUGUAUGAAUCUUAAACAUUACAGCAAAAUGAUCUAGGUGAGAAGAGUAAAGAGAUGAGACAGGAUCAGCACAGUUGGACUAAUUCAAAAUAAUGUAGUAAUGAUUAAAGCUGUGUGUAUAGACAAGAGGGGAAAGGCAUAGAUAGCUUUGACUAAUGUUACAAACUAGAUACGCCGAAAGGAUAGUUCUUAAAAGAAAGAAAAGCACAUUAAUUUCCAAAAUAGUUUGUGUAAAUGGUGUGUAAAUGGUUUCAAGAUUUAUAUCCCACUAAAUAUUGCUUGUGUGAAUACUUCCCAUUGAUUUCUUUUGUGUAUUUACAAUGAUGAAUGAAUAAAAGAAUGUAUUUUGUAUCACUGGUUACAAAAGGACUUGUUAUUUCUCAUUGUGUUGCUUCUUGUGUUGGAUUUUUAGAAUGUGAGACAGGAAGUAAAACCAUGGUAAGAUUAAAAAUAUAUAUACAUUAUUCAUUAUAUUAACACUUACAAUAAUAAAAUUAAAUUUAUAAAAAGCUCACAGGGUUUGUUUCAGACACGCCAAAUGUCACUUGACAUCAGCUGCUUCACCUGCUUCUUUUCAUAACAUCAACAUUAAAGCCCCUAAAAACUUGGUUUCAGAUCUUAAAGGUGCCCUGUGGAGUUUUCCUGUAAACAAACAAAGUUAUGCUUAUGUUUAGUGUUACUAAACACAACACAUUGUGUGCAUCCUUGAGGAAUAACAAGCCUGUUGAAUGCAAUUCCUUUUUGAACAGUUUACAUUGUUUACAUCCAUGUUUUCUUGCUAACAGUUGCAGUUCUUCUUCCUUGUGUUUUGUUGGCACACUGCUAAGUUUCUUUGCAUGUUACAAUCGUUGAUCAUAGAUCAGCAGAAUAAUGUGAAACCACGGGCAGGAAUAUAUACUGUAUAUGUGUAAAAAAUAGGGACCCACUCAUCAAAAAACUACUAAAAGCAGUCAAAGUUUUUCAUGUUCAUGACUACAAACAACAAUCAAAGUUAAAAAAUGGAAAAAAAAACAAUUAUAAAGAAUGUAAUGCUCUUUUAAAACUCAGCUAGGCUCAUCUUCUUUGAGACGAAUUGGGUAUGUUUUGAAAAAAAUAUUAUUUUUUUUAUUACAUUAAAACCAUAUCAGUUUAGCAAGUAGCUUGCAGUGCUUAAGCAUGAUAAAAGUUAACUGAGCUUUAAAAAGUAAAAAUAUUUGUGAGAUUAAAUGCUACUGUGUCAGCUGACCAUCUAAUCCAAGCUGAAAUGAUCACAGUUUAAAAUGUAUUUUGGAGAUGGACUGAUGCAAUAAAUCCUGAAACAGUUCAAGGUUCACUAAA